CGCUCGGUUCCAGGCUGCAGCGAUACACGCUUCAUUAGAAGCGGAGUUACAUGCAGGACUCCUCAGUGCACGCGCAUCCGACCCCAUUGUUGCAGUAAGGAAGCCAGAUAUACUUGCCUUUCCGCUCCAUCCUUGAUCACCUGAACACCAACCAUGCGUGAGUGCAUCUCCAUCCACGUGGGCCAAGCCGGUGUGCAGAUUGGCAAUGCAUGCUGGGAGCUCUACUGCCUGGAACAUGGGAUCCAGCCGGACGGCCAGAUGCCCAGUGACAAGACCAUCGGAGGAGGGGAUGAUUCCUUCAACACCUUCUUCAGUGAGACUGGAGCUGGGAAGCAUGUUCCCAGGGCUGUGUUUGUAGAUCUGGAGCCUACAGUGAUCGAUGAGGUACGCUCUGGGACCUACCGCCAGCUGUUCCACCCUGAACAACUCAUCACUGGCAAAGAAGAUGCUGCCAACAACUACGCCCGUGGGCACUACACCAUUGGCAAAGAGAUCAUCGACCUGGUGCUGGACAGGGUCCGCAAGCUGGCUGACCAGUGCACAGGCCUUCAGGGUUUCCUGGUCUUCCACAGCUUUGGAGGUGGUACCGGUUCUGGUUUCACCUCUCUGCUGAUGGAACGCCUGUCAGUUGACUAUGGCAAGAAAUCCAAGCUGGAGUUCUCCAUCUACCCAGCUCCCCAGGUGUCCACAGCUGUAGUGGAGCCCUACAACUCCAUCCUGACCACCCACACCACCCUGGAGCACUCUGAUUGUGCUUUCAUGGUGGACAAUGAGGCCAUCUAUGACAUCUGCCGUAGGAACCUCGAUAUUGAGCGCCCCACCUACACCAACCUCAACAGGCUUAUUAGUCAAAUAGUUUCCUCCAUCACAGCCUCCCUUCGAUUUGAUGGUGCCCUGAAUGUUGAUCUGACAGAGUUCCAGACCAACUUGGUGCCUUAUCCUCGUAUCCACUUCCCUCUUGCUACAUAUGCCCCAGUCAUUUCUGCAGAGAAGGCCUACCAUGAGCAGCUUUCUGUAGCCGAGAUCACCAAUGCCUGCUUUGAGCCGGCUAAUCAGAUGGUCAAAUGUGACCCCCGUCAUGGCAAGUACAUGGCCUGCUGUCUGCUGUACCGUGGUGACGUGGUGCCCAAAGAUGUCAAUGCUGCCAUCGCCACCAUCAAGACCAAGCGCACCAUCCAGUUUGUGGACUGGUGCCCCACUGGUUUCAAGGUGGGCAUUAACUACCAGCCCCCUACUGUGGUUCCUGGUGGAGACCUGGCCAAGGUUCAGAGAGCAGUGUGCAUGCUGAGCAACACCACUGCUAUCGCUGAGGCCUGGGCUCGCCUGGACCACAAGUUUGACCUGAUGUACGCAAAGCGAGCCUUUGUUCACUGGUAUGUGGGUGAGGGUAUGGAGGAGGGAGAGUUCUCUGAGGCCAGAGAAGACAUGGCAGCUCUAGAGAAGGAUUAUGAAGAGGUGGGCGUCGACUCCAUUGAAGGGGAGGGAGAAGAAGAGGGAGAGGAGUAUUAGAAAUAUCUUGUCAAACAGUGCAGCACAUCUUGGUCAGAAUUUAAAUCUCAGCUGUUCUUCGUAUGGUAGUUUAGAGAACUUAGUAGUGCUAUCAAACAUGAAACAUGUAGAUUGGUGUCUGUUGGCUACAUAUGGUGAUGGAAAUGUGUUGUAGUUUGAAAAGAGGUGCUAGUUGUUAUGGAAUAUGUUGUAUUCUCCAUGCACACUCAACUUUUACAAUUUUGGCUCAUCAUCUGUUGGUGUAUAAUAAAUUAUGUUGUCACUGUUCAAA